GAGGUUUGUCUUGUUGCCUAGAUACGAACGCGGAGGGUGGCGAAUCCAGGAGUCCUCUCCGAAUGAAACUGGCUUUUCAAUAGCGGACAUUGUGGAUCUGGGUAUCAAGUGUCAUCGAGGAAUGACCUUUCUUCAGCUUGAGCCGGAAUGUCGCCAGUUUCCUUGACGCUGUUGAAGAAGCACUGGAUGUGAAAACAGCGCCAUUUCUGUCGGCGUCCAUGAUACGCGAUGCUACCGCAGCGGAUUCCAGAGCUCGAGCUCGGAACGGCAGCGGGAGAGAAAUAGCCGCUCCCCUUUCGCUGCUCCUCUUUACUUCAGCCCACGGCAGGUUGUGCCGGUGAAGUAAGACGUAGCCCCAAAAUGGACCCCUCCGACUGAGACGCAAACACGUCCUGUGUUUUGCUAAGCAGCUGAGAUUUAUCAGCAGCAUAAGCCAUGCCUGACGUGUAAAAUCCCCUUUUUGCUCAAAGCAAUAAUAAAAAAAAAACAUCCUACAUGCCUCCCCAUGUAGCGUCGCUUCAGUGCGUCCUGCUGGAGUGACUGCCCCCUCUUCCCAAGGUUCUGCCUCGUCCUCUCUCUGUACCCUUCAAAACCGACCACCCUACAGUAACUACCCAUCACAAUGCUGCUCCAACUGAGAAUGGCCAACACCUGAGGUCCCAUGCGUCCAGUGAGCACCGAUUCAGACGGUCCUGCUCCUCCUGAAAACCUCUCUUGCCCCUACCCCCUCGUUGGUCCCCUGCCUGCCUCAGAGAUGUCCUUGUUCCAGUCGCUGGGACCAGUACAGAGCUGGCUUGGCCAGGAGCUUGAGAAGUGCGGGAUUGAUGCCAUGAUUUACACCCGUUACGUCCUCAGCCUUCUCCUGCAUGACAGUUACGACUAUGACCUGCAGGACCAGGAAAAUGACAUCUUCUUGGGCUGGGAGAAGGGAACUGGGAAGAAAUGGGGCAAGAGUAAGAAGAAAGGAGGGACCGACCUGAGUCUGGAGGAAAUGAAGAAGCAAGCUGCUGUGCAAUGCCUCCGCUCUGCAUCUGAUGAGAACUCUGGAAUUGAGAGCCUGGUUGAAGAGCUUUGCUCUAAACUAAAGGACAUCCAAAACAAACAGAAAGAGGAAAAACAGAUUCAAAAGAAAUCUGAUGGCUCUCAGUCUCCGGAGCGAACUGAGUCCCCCUCUUCAAAGGACCAGGUGGAAAUGUAUUAUGAAGCCUUCCCUUCUUUGUCAGAGAAACCUGUUUGUCUCCAAGAGAUCAUGACGGUGUGGAACAAGGCUAAAGCCUGCGCAUACUCAAGUUCAUCAUCCUCUGCUGCCCCACAGACCAGCACAGACACCUCUUCCCCAAAAGAUUGCAACAGUGAAGGUGAGGCUGCAAAGGAGCGAAACCUCGAAGCAUGUGGUACCAUCACUUGUAUGACCAACGAGAGAGUCCAGCAACGACGGAGUAAGAAGGAGAAAGAAAAUCGAUACCAUGGUGGUGCAGAAGCAGAGGAGAAAUCUACCGUCCACUCGAAGAGACAGAUGAGACACAGAUCUGAGGGCAAAUACAGACCCAGAUCCUGGUCAUCUGGCUCUAGUGAGGCGGGCUCAAGCUCAAGUGGGAACCAAGGUGACUUGAAGUCAUCUAGAAGCAAGGCAGUUAGAAUAAGGCACAAAUCCAGGGAGGCUGCAAAAAUUAAAAGAACACGCAACAGUGGGCAGGUGAAGCUGCAGGUGAAGGUAAUUGACAAAGAGGAGCGAAGAAACACAGGAGGGAGCAGUAGCAGCGCCACUGGAGGCGCUGCCAAACAACCACAGCUUUACAAGAAGGGGAAGAGACCUCUGAAAGAGAUUCGUAGAGAUCCAGGCUGGAAGGAGGCUAAAGAGUCCGGUGUUGAGGCCAGAAACAAAAAGGAAUACAUGGAGGAGCCGCUUUGGUACACUGAGCCCAUCACAGAGUAUUUUGUACCUUUCAGCAGCAGACAAAGCAAGCUGGAAACAAAAUAUCGAAACAAGGUAGACUCUCCUGAUGGCUUUGAUUUGUCGACCGACAUAGAGAGGCUGCCGGAGAGAUUCCAGGGAAUCUGCAUUGCCAAUGAGAGCUACCAGAGAACAUACCUAGCAGCAGGCUCGUUUGUGGAUGGGCACUUUGUGGAAGGGCCUGGCGAAGCAGAAGAUGAAACUGUUGAACUCACUGGGACCUCAUGCUGCCCUCAGCCAGAGGAUAGUAGAGAUUUAGAUGACAAGCAUCUGUCUGAAUUCACUCACUUCUAUGAAGUUGACAUUUAUCAAUCCAUAUUGGAUACUAGUGCCUCAGACUCUAUACAAGAGAGUCGGAUCUUAAGCAUGAUUCGACAAAAAAGCAAAGAGCAAAGAGACAUUGAGGCAGAAUGUUGUUUAGUGUUAGAUGGCCUUGAGCAGCAAGGGAAAAUUGCAAUACGGGCAGACUCACGAGAAGCUUCAGAAUCAGUUGGAUUCCUAAUGGAGGAUCUUGAAAACAUGGCUCAAGUGUGGGGAUGCUAUUCGCCAUCUACUUCAGAAGAUAUAGAUGGAGAAAGCUUCGUAGAAGAAUCUCCCAUUCGCCUCUCCCCCCUUCUUGAUAGUGUUUCGUUCACCCUAAGCAAACUAUCUGGAAACCUGGAGGAGCCAAAUGUCCCUGAAGCCACCAGUGAACCAUCUGGUUUGAACUCAUCUAGCUUCUCUCUUUUUGAGCUGCAGUAUGACAGCCCCACUUUCCCUUUUCCCCGUGACUCACUCACCAUUGGUCAUGAAAACAACACAGAUUCUAGUAGCUGUCUCGAUCCGCAUUCUAAUAAACAGUCUCGUUUGCUAAUAUGGACCAAAAAUAGUGCCUUUGACGAAACUGAACACUGUUCUAACCUUUCAACAAGAACUUGCAGUCCAUGGUCACAUUCAGAGGAGACUCGUUCAGACAAUGAGCAAGGAAAUGUUCCAACAGAGGAUGCUGCUCAAAUUGGCAACGAAGAGAUUGAUUGUAUAAUCCCUCCUCUCUCCGGUACAUAUCUGGAGGAUGAAAUCUUGGAUUUUUUGCAAGGAAACUCUGGUCGUAAGUGUGAAGAGGUCAGUGUUAGUACACCAUCCAAUCAGACCUUCACCAAAAAAUCUAAAUUGGAGUCCAUUUGUGGUAUAGCUUUGGAAGAGGUUGAGAGUAAACAGUACAGCACUGGCAUGUUUUCGGACAACACAAACCAACACAGUGAUGACUACAGCUCAGGGAUAAUAAAGGACAUCUGGACUGCUAUAGGAGAUAACAAAUCUGUAAUGGCAAAGCAAGGAGCAGAAAAGCCUGACGAGGGGCAAUUCUCAGAUGAGUCUGGCGGUUUCUGCUGCAGCUGUUUGGAAGUGCAGGCAAAAGAAGUUCCAAUUCAGGGACCUCAGAAAAAAGCAGUGCAGCGGUCAGAGUAUCACCUUUGGGAAGGCAAAAAAGAAGAACAGGACUUAGCCAAAAACAAACUCUCCAAGGUAGAUGGUGCAGGGGAUUAUAUGACUCCGUCCAAGCCCUGGGACUUGAACUCUGACAAGGAGAGCACAUCAUUCAUCCUAGGAGGGGUGUAUGGAGAGUUGAAGACACUAAGUGGUGAUAAGAAUUGGGCUGUUGUGCCUCCAGGUGAUACCCAAGAUAGCCUGCUACAGUGUGCCGCUGCAGCUGCAUCUGCUUCCAGCUCAGAUAUGCUCACCAUCACUGGCACAGAUGUGUUCAUGAACACUGGUAGCUGCAUUGCCCCUGGGCACAGGCCCCUGUGGAGGCCUCUUGUGUCCUUUGGGCAGAGUGACCAGGCCAUUAGAGGAGGCGGAGAUGGAUUGAAUAAGGGAUUUUCUUUCAUCUUCCAUGAAGAUUUGCUUGGAUCUUACGGAGGCUUGCAUGGUGAGGAUCAAGGUUUAGAAUACCCGUUCGCAUCCUUCAACCUGAACAAUCCCUUUUCUCAAGUCCUCCAUGUUGAGUGUUCGUUCGAGCCUGAGGACAUGGCUUCGUUCAGUCCGGGGUUCAAGCCCAAAUCCAUUCUUUGCUCAGACUCUGAGAAUGAAGCCUUCCACCCACGAAUAUAUGGCAUCAACCGUACGCAGUACAGGGCCAUUCGCAUUUCCCCCAGGACUCAUUUCCGACCAAUAUCGGCCUCAGAGUUAUCUCCUGGUGGAGUGAGUGAUUCAGAGGCCGAGACUGACAAAGAGGAGAUGAGUUUUCCCGUCCUGGCGCCGGUGGACGUCUUUGAUGAUCCUCAGGCAGAUCUCAAACCUCUGGAGGAGGAUGCAGAAUGUGAGGGCCCUUAUUACGGGAAGUCAGAACUGGAAUCUGGUAAAUUCUUACCCAGAUUAAAGAAGUCUGGCAUGGAGAAGAGUGCCCAGACCUCUCUGGAUUCACAGGAGGGCUCCAGUACCCUCCUGCCAAUUGCUGAGCAAGAGAUUUGCUUGGACUGCAAAACGGCAGAAGCUGCAUCAACUGCAGGCGGACAGACAGACGUCUCUGUCGGCAAGAUUCAAAAGGAGGAAUCUUCAGAAGAACAGCAGUCCUGCUUAUCUGAAUCAGCCGGUCAGAUCCCCAAGUACGGGAUCGCUUAUGACUUUGUGGAAGAUGUGCCAGAGUUCCCUCUGUUAAAUAUAAGUGGACAGGGAGGAACUGGCAACCAGCAAGACGAGUGCUGGUGGCAGAACAAACUUUGUUCCCCCCUUUUCCCCGGAUCUCAGUGUACAGGGAGCAGCAACAUUUAAAUACUCCAGUUUUGCAGAGGACUCCUGUUGUAGAGAGGAAACCUUCCUCUCCUUUUGUGACUGGACCUCUACCAGCAAAGAUUCAGGGUCAUCUCAGAGUUGGAAAACCUAAUGUAGGCUAAUGUUCUGACACACUCAUCCAAAAAAAGAAAAACCCACACAUAACCCUGCUGGUUUUCAUUUACUAACUUAAAACCUUGUGUAAUCAACAAUCAGAUCAACAAAAAGUGAGAGAAAAUAGGAAAACUCAAAAAAUAUAUUCCGUCUUCGAGUGAUGCAAUGUGCAGACAUGCAUUUUAGGCAUUUUAGAAUUUGUUUCAUUUGGUUCUUCUGUACACUGAUCCUCUUUCAAGUCUCACAGUUAUUUAGUAGGGACAAUCUUUUGUUCUAUCCUCGUCAGUUUUGUUCCCACCAUUUUGCUUUUGAGCUAGGAUACUGGUAGUUGGUGGUAUCUGAAUGGUUGUGCAUGUAUGUUCGUCCAGCCAGUCUCACUCCUCUUUUUCUAGUUGGAACAUAAAGUUGUGUGAAACAACGGCUAUUGCAUCCUCUACUUUCCAUCUUGUGUUCAGAAAGAUAAUAUAAGGAUGUUGAGAUUUUUGAGUUGUGUAAGAAUUUGAGAGUUUAAUUUAAAUAGUUUGUUUGGACGACUUUCUGAAUGUGAAGUAGAGAAUGUGUGCAGCUUUCUUCAAAAUAUCCCCAAAUUCCCCAUGUGUGAAAAGUUAUCAUAAAUGAGUCUGAUUUUUGAAUGGUGAUAGUCUUACUAAAGCUAGUAGUAGACAGUAGUAUGGUUUGUGAGGCUAAAAUAAAAAAAGCAUUUUAAAAAUAAAAAAAAACAGGAAAUCAAAAGGAGUUUUGUUGGAAAAAAAUACUAAUAAUCUACUUGAAAUGCAAUGCUGUAAAUUGGGGAGAAAAAAAAAAGUUUGUUUUGGGGUUUAAGACCCAUCAUGAAAAUACAUGACUACAGCCAUUUCUGCAGACCCCUGUGUUGCAACUGAAUGAAACUUUGUUUUAAGUUUUUGUAAUUUCUAUGGUACAGACUAUUGGUGCUAUAAAUAUGUUCAAGAAUCUUUUGAAGUUGCAGUUCCAUAAUAUGGCUGUGAUAAGUAGAUGGCAUAGCAUAGUUUUGUUUGUAGUCCAGACAGUCAGACUCCAUGAAUAUCUUUUUGCGGAAAAUUGUGAAAAGAAGAAAAAAAAAAAGUUUAGCCUGAUCGCGGUUCUUGUUUAAUGUGGCUUGGUUUUUAUUUUUAAGGUAACCUCUUAGUUGUCCGGCCUGCAACAGCCGAAGCAUAAAUACAUGCAGGAAUUAAAUCUCACGUUGCUACACAUCUAUUCAGUUACUUGUCCCCAAGCAGAAAGGACAAAAUCAGCAUGGAUUGAUGUCCAUGAUGCAACUAAACAAAUGUAUACCUAAACAAGUGGCGGGGCGAUGGACAAACCAAAAAUAUGGCAUAACUACACUAAGGUACAAAUGCUUUUUUUUUUUCAUAUGAGGUGUGUUUUUUUUUUUUUUGGAUUACAAUAUAUCUUGUUAAAAUACUGAGUAAUGUCUCACUGUGUGUGUGUGUGUGUGUGCGUGUGCGUGUGCGCGCAAUAGAACUUGUGAAGGCACUGGUUCAGAAUGAGUGUUCUAGAACUUUAUCUCAGAGUAACGUGAAUGUAUGCAGAGACAUACAUUCACAUGCAUAUGCAUUAGUGCCCCCUAAAUUUGAAACACCCCGAACAAAUUGGCUACAAAACCCUUGAGGUGUGAUUGGUCUGGCCCUUCUUGUGACCUGUGCUUUGAAAGAUAAAUUGAGUUGGAGCAUUUGCAGAUAAAUGCAUUGUGCAUUUCUUAAUACCUGCUGUUUUUUUCUUCUUUCGAUUUAACUUAAACAUUUUAGGUUAUGAGGACAGUAGUAGGGUUGACUUAUUCGUCACACACCAUGAAACUGAAGCACAGAUCAUCCCUCCAUUAAUGGGCAAUUCAAAAUGUCUCGGCAGUGGGAGCAGACUCUCUGUAAUGCAGGUGAAGGUGACUUUAUUACGGGCAUGGCUUUGGAAAUGGCUUCCUCAUUUAACAAUGCAAAGCUUGUAUGUACAGGCCCAUGGUUUGUUCAAUCCAAUGCCACUUCAAUUGAAAAAGGACCCCCAAGUAGCUGAAUGAAAGGUACUCCAACGUCAGGGUCUUGUCACCUUUCUUUGACAUUCAUCAGACACUCAGGAAUUUUUUAAUAUAAGCAUACUGCAUAAUCUACACUGAGACCUGUGACAGUGCAUCGAUGCAUUAAUGUAGAACUUUUGCUUUGAUUGUAGAAAAUAAAUUAUUGACUAGUUCUUUCCAAGCAAACCACAGAGACGACUGUCAUUCACUUAGAGCUAUAGUUUUAAGGGGGGAAAGAACUAAGCCAUUGUAAAUUGCAUAAGCAAUGUGGAGGGGAAUUCAAGAGCCUUGAGUCCUAUGCAAUACCUUGGCGCAUGUAAACAUUAAAAAAUAUAUGGAGAAAAGUCAUUCAGUUAAUUUAGCAUGUUGAUAAGCUUUGAGUGAGGGACACCUGAGAGAAAUAACAAACCAUGGACUGUCUCUGGAAAUGCAGCAUGCAAACAUCACACAUUUUUAUGUUGGAUUUAACAAAAUAUUUUGGUUUAAAUAAAAAAAAAUAGAAGUGAGGUUAAAUCAGAGAUUGAAAGAAUGUUAUGACUGUGUGAAUCAGGGAGUGAAUGUGUGCAAGAAGAUAAGUCACAAAAAGCACUUACAUGGGAGUUGAAAGGAAUGCAUCACACCUUUCUCCAUUUAAUUCUUCCAUUUUGAUAGGCCGUGUUUAAAAAAAGAAAAACAAAAAAAAAGUUGUAUGACGAGAAAAUGCAUUCAGUGAGGGUAUAUGCAUUUGGAACGACACUGACGGGUGGCUGAGUUUCGAUUGCACUGUGGUCUGAAGAACAUAUCCAGCACUGAAAACUUGAGUUUUCCUCGUCUUUUCAUUCCCACCUAGACGCUCCUUCUUCCUCUUUGUUCCUAAAUCCCAUCUGUCCCGAGUAGAUGUGUUGUUCUAAUUUCAUGUACACCCUGAGUAAAUUAUUUUGUUUCAUUGUGGAUUUUCUUAACAUCUAAUAAAGGAAUAAACCAAACCUCA